CCUGUCGCUAUCAUCAACUGGUUUUUACCAUUUUACUCGUCGGAUUCCGAGUUAUCGGCUGAUCUUGAGACUGAACUGGCAAAGAAUAAACCAGAAGCCAAAACAGGUCAGUCUGUGAAAUACUUUUGAGUGCAAAAGAUGUAUAUGUGGACUGUUUGCUUAGUGUUAGCUUUUUGUGCGUGUUUCAGCCAUGGACAGGAUGGUUUUGAGGUGCCUGACGCCACUGUGGAAGCGUUCACACCCAGAGGAUUGCGAGUAUCCAUUCCAGACCAGGAUGGAAUCAAACUGUUUGCUCUUCAUGCCAAAAUCAACGAGGAGAUGAACGGCCGUGAAGCCGGAACAUUUUCACGCGACAUCACCAAAGCCAAAGACGGACGAUGGACUUUUUAUGACUCUCAGGCAAAAUUAGCCGUUGGAGACACGCUGUAUUUCUGGACGUUUGUGGAUUAUUUCGAUGGCGAAAGAAAGCUGGGCUUUGUUAGGGACGACCAGUUUUUCACCAUAACAGAGCUUCUGCCCAAGCCAGGUGCAAAACCCCCACCGGCACCAGUCCCUACAGUAACGCCCGUCACCAAAUCGCCCUCAAUCGACACAGGCUCGAAUGGGGGUUGCAAAGUUUCCACAACGACUGUAAAGGGCAAGAACAGCUGCAGAGGGCAACUGAUCUUCGACAGCAGUUUCGACCAGUUUGCGAAAAACAAGGCGAAUCUCUGGACGAUUCAAAGGAAAUUCGCUACUGGGCCUGAUUAUGAGUUUGUUAUCUACGAAGACAACCCAAUAGUACUAUCAGUUGAAAACAGCCGCUUGGCCAUAACUCCGAUUUUGACCGAUUCACUCUAUGGCGAAGGGUUCGUAGUGCGCCCCGAAGGGUUCGACUUGGGAGAAAAGUGUACGGGAGUGCGAGCGUCAGCAGAAUGCUACCAAACAGCUCUUGGCUGGCGCAUUAUUCCGCCAGUGAUUUCAUCGCAACUGAAGACGAAAGGAAAGUUCUCCUUCAAGUAUGGCAAGAUCGAGGUCAGAGCCAAACUGCCCAAAGGCGACUGGCUGUAUCCGGAACUGUAUCUAAACUCCGAGUCUGAAGAGUACGGAUCGGGGUACGAAUCCGGCCAGAUCAGAAUCGCGUUUGCUGCAGGCAACGAGGGCGAAAACAGAAAACUGGAGGGCGGCGUUAUAUUGGGAUCAAUACCAGCAGCAAGGAAAUACGCCAUGAAAACCAUAGAGAAAACCCAGUCUUGGACGGACGAUUUCCACAACUUCUCUGCUCUGUGGAAACCAGACAGCAUCACCCUAAGUGUGGAUAACAUGGUCUAUGGAACGAUAUUUCCUCCCGAGGGAGGAUUUGCAAGUUUGGCAACUAACUUGCAUUUGAAGAACAGCGACAAAUGGAAAUCGGGCACCAAAAUCGCACCAUUCGACAAAGAGAUGCACAUAGUGGUGGGCGUUGGAGCCGGCGGCCACAAUUUUGACGACCGUUCGGAUGGGACGAAACCGUGGUUCAACAACCAACCAAUCAGCCAGAAGGAGUUCUACAAAGCGCGCAACCAGUGGCAAUCCUCCUGGAAAACCGAGGCUAAAUUACAAGUGGAGUAUGUUAAGGUGUGGGCCUUGGACUAAUGUACUAAAAGAUCAUUUGGACUGAAUAUAUACUUUUACAUUGAA